UUAAAACUGCUUAUUGUUGUGUUUCAAGAUUGAAUAGUGUUGUUGACGGUUUACGCCCAUAAAUCAGUGACUGUUCGCCCAUACUUUUGAUAAGUAUCCAAAAUGGAACAAACAACUUAUGAGCAGACAACUGAGAAAAGGACAGGUGAUUCGGCGAUACGACCGCACCCUGAGUAUGUUAGAACAGUGCCAGGUAUUCUAAAGAUAGCUGAGAUAGUUGUGAAUAUUCUCGUGCUGAUUUGUGCGUCAAUUGAUUACUGGUCACCAGCAGGUGGUGGCUGGGUGCAGUUUGUAGCAGUCACAGCCCUCAUUACUACAUUGAUCAACUUUCUUAUGCAUUUCUUUGAUGUGUAUAGCAAAUUUAGCUUCCAGUUCAAUUUUGUGCUGUUCAUCUACUACUGUGUAAUCGUGGUCUUGUAUUUAAUUGCUGCCAUCGUUUGCGCAGUCAGGGCACCCUAUUGGCCAGCAGUUGGAGCUGCUGCUUUUUUUGCCUUUGUGGCUGUAAUCCUGUAUGCUGUUGACACCUACCUGAUGUACAGAAUGUGGCAAGGGGGUGUCCAUCACACAACUGCCGCUACCGCCACCACAACUACCACCACUACUUCAUACGAGACCAGAACGCAGUACUAACAACUGGACUACUGAGAGUGUGAACUUUGACAUUGGUGGAUGUGCUCUGUAGGUUUUCUAAAAAUAUUUCUCAUCCUAACACAUCAUCUACAUCUUUCUAUUGUAUAACAUAACUUCACAGAGCUUUUUAAAUAUAAUUAAACAUUAUUUAAAAAAAAAACAUAUUUACACUUAAUUGUAAUAAAAAAUAUUUCCUAAGCUUUCAAAACUAAGCUAUUUUUGCUAAAUUUAUGUUAUUAUAAUUUUAAAGCUAUAUUAUUUGUGGGAAGGUCUACCUAGUGCUGCCUUGAUCUGAAGGGUCUUUUUAUUUUAAUAUUAACUUUUAUAUUAGCCGCUGUAAAAAAAGAAAAGCAAUGGAUUAACCAAAUUUGUAGAUUAGUAUUGUGUAUAUAUGGUAUGUGGGCAGCAUGGAGACUUUUGUGGCUCAUUGUUAAAUAUUGUAUGUUCAGCAACUGUGUUCAUUGUUAGUUUUUGAAGUAUGCACCACUUUAAGAAAAUAACUAGGAGAGUGGAAAGAAGAAAGCUUGCUUCUAUUUCUAUAUUAUUAGGCAAUAUAAACCUUAUUUCUAAUAGUAAUAUUAGCGAUGUGUGGGAGAAUUCUAUGAGAAAAUUCAUCUUAGCAGUGUUGUGUUAAAGUUGUGAGAUGUACACUGUUUUCAUGCUGUUAGCAUCUAGUUUUAUUCUUUGAAGUGGUUACUCUGACCUUUUUUUUUUUUGUUUUGCUUCUUUUUCUCUCUAAAACAUUCUCAUUUUACAUAUUUAAAUAAUAAUUUUAUUUUUAUUUAAAUGAAUCUCAUCAAAACACACUUAUAAAUCAAAUAAAUUUGUAGACUGCUAAACAGCUUGUGUCCAGAUAACGAAUCCAUCAAUAUUUAAGAUUAAUUUUCAAUGCUCUGUACCAUGUCUAUACCAUGUUUUUUUUUUUUUUUACCUCACUCAUACUUUCAAUUUCAUUUCCAUCUUGUUCCAUUAUAAUUAAAACUUUACACAAUAUCCAAAUAUAAAUAGCUUACCAUGAAAUACUAGUCAUACAAAGUUUGAAUGAACCAUGGUGCUUUUGUGUGUGAACAUAUUUUAAAUUAUAUAUAUUUAACCUUAUUUUUCUCUCCACGGUGUUGAAUAACCAUCAUGUAUUACUCAUUCUCAAGCUGUGUUCCAAUAUAAUUUAACUAAAUAAGAAUGCACCUGAAUAAAGUCCCUAUAUAACUGCUGUAUUGGUGUGAGAAGUUAACAUAGAAUUUAUAUCUUUGCAUGGUUAUGCUGAGAGUAUAUCGAACUAGUAAUUUGUAAUCAACAUUUUUACUUUCAAUUUUGUUUGUAUUAUAUUAUAAUUUUAUAAGUAACAUCUUAUUUGAACAAAUUCACUCUUUUUUUUGUGUCAUUCAUAAGAUUAGAUUUACAUUGGUUUAGUGUAAGCCUUUCUUGUUUGAUUGCUGGCAAGUUUUUAAUUUCUUGUAUUGUGUAUCAAUGUUAAUUCAAAAUCUGAUUGUGAUAAUCACCUUAGGUUUGUAUUUCCUACAUAUCAUUUCAUUUAGAAACUUUGUUUUGCUUAUUUUAGCUUCAUUGUUUUCCAUUUUUGUUGAAGGACAGAAUUUUCUUACAUUACCUCAGAUUAAUCCCAGUAAUAUAACAAAUUUAUUUUUCUAAGAUCCAAAUUAUUGCUAUCUGUUCUGAACAAGUAUUUUUUUUAAAUAUGUUUUUUUUUUCAAAUAAAUGCCAGUACACUAUAUUUAAAUAACAAUACCUUGUUGACAUUUUUGAUGGAAAGGAUUGUCUUUUAUAGUGAUUCUAGAUCUAGAUUAAAAAUAAUAAACUAAUUGCUCUCUGGAUUCUCUCAUGUUCUUUUGUGUUUUAUAUAGUCAGGUUAUUGGAAUGUUUUUCCUCAAGUUAUUGUGUUAUUAUUGUUUAUUUGAAAUCCUGUACAGACUCACAGAUAAAACAGAGACUGAAAUUUUACCUGGUACAUGUUUAGAGAAAUAUAAGAACCGUAAAAAAAAAUUUGGAUUUAUCUGCAUGCAAAAUCGUUUAGCAAAUCUCUUUGUUUAAAACUUGGAUUGUUUUGCUGUUGUUAGCAUGGAUACUGUUAGUUAGGACUGUAGGCUGUAGAAUUAUUGAAUGUGUUAGCUGUGUUUUUCUGCUGACUGCAAAAGUAGACAAUAUUCACUAGUGACGACUUCAUUGACCUGUUACACACUCACCUAACCUAAACACACCUUUGAUAUCAGUGUGUAAUGUAGGUAGAUUUGGUUCAGAAUUGAAAUUCUAUGAAAGUAGUUGCUUUUUUUUGUUAGCUUCAUAAGAAGUUCAUGAAUAAGCAUUUUCUAAGAUUAAUGAAAACUCAAUUGUUAACAAUACAACAUUUUGUUUGCAGGAUGAGUGCUGAAUUAUUAGCAGAAUAGCAUUUUGUGUUUUUCCCCUCGUAUUACUACACUAAGUAAAUGUUUCUAGAACCACUGGUGAAGUUAGUUGCUUAACUUGGUCAUACCAGACUUAAUGUAUUAUUCUAUUACUUUUCACUAUAAACCUACAUAAAGGAUAAAUAAUUGUUUUUUUUUUCAAAUCACUUACUACAAACAGCCUGAUGCUUAACUUAAACUUAAAAGAUUUCUCUGUCAUUCCUCAUGCCACUUUAUCACAUCUUUACACCGUAUAUUUUUUUAUACUGCAAUAGUCCUAUAUAUUAAUUGAAUUUUUUAUUUUGUAGCUGUGAUUUAUUUAAAUUUGUAUCACUCUAUAAAUGCGUGGGUUUGAUCUAAGGAAAUUUUUGUUUGUUUGCCAAUUCUCCCAUCUUGAAUCAGUCAUCAGCUACAGUGCCAGAUUAACCAAUAGACAAAGUACAGACUGUCUGUGAUGGUCCUUUUAAAGUGGCGUCCAGCAAUUUGUUAUUAUAUUGCAACAACAUAAUUAGUUUUGGUUAAAAAGAUUAUUUCUGAAGAUUGUGACUUCCUUUUAUAGAUAAUUUAGAAGUAAAUUAAAAAUACUUUUUUGUAACCUGUUCAAAUCAAAUUAUUUUUAAACCUGUAAAAACAUGGUUUUGAUUAGGAUGGACUAUGAGUUAAAAUAUAGUUUACCAUUUAGUUUUAUAUCUAAGUUUUUAACAAUUAGGUAACUGUAAUAUUCGUUUAUAAAUGUAUAAUACCUUAGACACUUUUUGUUGCUAAUGGAACUAGAAGUAACAUAAAUGUGCCUGAUAAUUAAGAAACAUAUUUUUGAUAAGUGUAUUAUUUAUUAAUAUACAAUAUAAUCCUUGUCAGUAGUUAAUCUUCCCUUAGCUGAGACUGUUUUAGUCAUAUAUGCUUAUGAUUUUAUCUGUGAGCUAUUUAGAAUUUUUUUUUAAUUGUAUAAUAAAGGCUUUGGUGUAA